AUGGGCACUUUGAUUGUAACUCCAGUGCUCCCAUCAAACCUAAAGUCUUCUUCACUCAAACAAGAAAAUAAUUCUAUCUUGGUGUACAGAACAAGAAGAAGAAGAGGCAAGAAGAACCAUUCUAUAGUUCCAGUGGCUAGAUUAUUUGGACCAGCAAUAUUUGAGGCAUCAAAAUUGAAGGUAUUGUUCUUAGGAGUUGAUGAGAAGAAGCAUCCAGGGAAGCUUCCAAGAACGUAUACACUUACACAUAGUGAUAUAACCUCUAAGCUCACUCUUGCCAUCUCCCAAACUAUAAACAAUUCCCAGUUACAAGGGUGGUACAAUAGACUACAGAGAGAUGAAGUGGUGGCAGAGUGGAAGAAAAUCAAAGAAAAAAUGUCUCUUCAUGUUCAUUGUCACAUAAGUGGUGGCCAUUUCUUAUUAGAUCUCUGUGCUAGGCUCAGAUUCUACAUCUUUUCCAAGGAACUCCCCGUGGUAUUAAAGGCAUUUGUUCAUGGGGAUGAAAGCUUAUUUGAUAACCAUCCAGACCUACAAGAGGCAUUGGUUUGGGAGGCUUGCAAUUGUUGUUUCCCACCAAUGAGUUUGAUUCCAUGGGCUCAAAACUUUUCUGGUGAGAGUGAGAUUGGUGGGAUCAGCCUCAAUGGCAUACAACAGAAGCAGCAGAAUUUUGUCUCUGGUGAUGAUGAGGACUACUACUUGAGAAGCCACGUCGCUACGACCUCUGUCCAGUUGUCGCUGCUACGACCUCUGUCCAGCAGCUUCGGCGUUGCUGUAUCACCGUCCUCUUCGCGUGUUCUCUGA